AUGGCUAGAUCCUCAGACCGAAAACGAUGUCGAGGAGGAGUCCCUGUCCUCCCCUUUCAGGCGGUGACCGUGGCCUCAGCCUGCUCUCUCCCACAGGUCGCUGCGCUGGAGCGGCAGAUCUUUGACUUCCUGGGCUAUCAAUGGGCUCCUAUCUUAGCCAACUUCCUGCACAUCAUGGCAGUCAUCCUGGGCAUCUUUGGCACCGUGCAGUACCGUUCCCGGUACCUCAUUCUGUAUGCAGCCUGGCUGGUGCUCUGGGUUGGCUGGAAUGCAUUUAUCAUCUGCUUCUACCUAGAGGUUGGACAGCUGUCCCAGGACCGGGACUUCAUCAUGACCUUCAACACAUCCCUGCACCGCUCCUGGUGGAUGGAGAAUGGGCCAGGCUGCCUGGUGACACCUGUCCUGAACUCCCGCUUGGCACUGGAAGACCACCAUGUCAUCUCUGUCACCGGCUGCCUGCUUGACUAUCCCUACAUCGAAGCACUCAGCAGUGCCCUGCAGAUCUUCCUGGCUCUGUUUGGCUUCGUGUUCGCCUGCUACGUGAGCAAAGUGUUCCUGGAGGAGGAGGACAGCUUUGACUUCAUCGGUGGCUUUGACUCCUACGGAUACCAGGCGCCCCAGAAGACGUCGCAUUUACAACUGCAGCCUCUGUACACGUCGGGGUAGCUUCUGUCUCGCGCCCAUCCAGUUGCCACGAGCUUGCUGGCUGGACUGAAGCCCUGGCGCGAGCUCGGGCCGAAAUAGCAGGCGCGCCUCCUGGCGGCUCGCGAACCGACUGCAGCCUGCUCCGGCUGGGUCUGCGGCGGACUUGGACUUGGCCCUUCCAGCCCGACUCCAGGGGUGGGACGGGCUGGGCGGGGGAGGGGGAUCGCGGGGUUUGUAUUUUUUUUAUCUCAGCCUUGGCGUGCGCUGGGGCCUCCCUCCCUUCUCCAGCCGCUCCCUUUAGAAACCCUUCACCCCACUUCCGGUCCCCUGUCCAGGGAGAAAUGGCAUUUGCCCCAUCUCACCACACUCGUUCACCAGCCCUGGGGAGAGUUACUGUGAACUAGAAGCAGGAGUCCUGGGUUCCAGUUGCAGCUCCGUCACCGACUCUCUGUGUGACAUCUGGCAAGGCCCUUCCUUGCCCUCUCUGGGCCUCAGUUUCCCUCAAUUAAAAUAAUCUCUUAGCAGAUGGAGCUCUUUCUAGCCUUUUCAUUUGACUCUUAAUUCCAGGGGCUAGGCUGGGAUUAUAAUUCCCAUUUUGCAGAUAUGGAAACUGAGGCCCGGAGAUAUGAAGUGAUUUGCUUGAGGCCACACAGCUAGGCUUUUGGUGGAGGCAGGCCUUGAACACAGCAUACCUUCUGUAGUUUCAGGCUCCAAAACCCAGUGUCUGGUCUCUGAAUCCCAUUUCCAAGCCCCCAUCCAGCUGGGACACUCUAGAACCCACGUGAUCUACAUCACACACACCACCACCACCACCCCUCGCCAGCACCUCUCUUGAAGCAAUAUACCUGUUCUCCUGUUGGGAACCAGAUGAACAGAGCCCAGAGCCCUGAAUUCAGCCUGACCCACAGGGAAGCCCUCCUAGACUCGGCCCCCAUCCACCCUUGGCCAACCUUUCAAGCUCAUUCCAGUAAGGGGGGUGGGCAUAUCUCAGCCACCCCACCCCCUUCCAGGUCCCUGAGGCCGGGUCUGCUGCAGCCAUGAUCCCCUUUCCUCUCAGCAACCCCACCAACCCCUGAUGGCUCCAUCCACGUCACCCGUUGGAAGACUUGUGGUUCCAGAAUGGAAGACAGCUGGUCAGCACCUCCCAAUCACCAGUUUUCAAAGAUCACCAGCGUUUAUGACCACUCCAAUAUCAAAGAGAAACCUCUAACAAGCCCAGAAGGAGUUGUGAAGAGGCAGACUAGGAGUGUGGGUCGUGGUGUGGGGUCGGGAGGGCCAGCACCCCUGAGAGCAAACAGAGAUGAGAGCUCAUUCUCCCCAUCUCCUUCCACAGACACCCCUGAGGAUCUUACUUCCUGUGUACUGGCCGUGAGUCCAAGGGCAGGAGGGGCAGCCCUCAGCUUCCCAGUCUGUGAAACAGGAGUGGCCUUGGAUUAGGAGGGAGGGCAGGAGGCGUGGGGGAAUGGGAGGGAAACACAGAUGGUUUGUAUACCUGAGCCCAUCCAUGGUGACCACUCCACUCCUUGCUCUCUACCCUCUGAUCUAGCCUUCCCUACAUCUGAGGCCAAAGCAUCCUGAGCUAAGACCCCACCCCGCCAUCCCCUCGGCAGUGUUCUGCCAAGGAGCCAGCCCCAGGAGUUCCACUGGUCACCCCAGGCACUGAGGUCCCAUAUGGUCUGCCCAGGUAGCUAGGAGUGCUGUUCAAGAAGGGGGCAGCUCCCUUCGGACCUGGCUGCUAUCCUGCCACCAGCCCUCUCCUGUCUCCAGUCCUCUCCUCCCACCCCCACUCCCCAGCCUCCUUUCUACUCAACGGGUUUAGCCACUGGUGCUUUGAAGCCUUUUGUUUUUAUAAGAUGGUUUUUGCAAGGGACCAAGUUCUUUUCUCACUGGGACCUUGCAAGGCAGGGAGUGUACCCUGGUUUCUGUGCAGGUGGGUUAAUUAAAGAUGGUGUUUUCUUCUCUAUCA